AUGCCCGAAAUCGAUACCAACGUCUCCGCCGACCACCACUACGGCGCCCAUCAGCUACCCGCGGACGGGUCAACACCGGCCUCGCAUGUGGCGGCGUCGCUCCCAAAGAUCCUGACGACUCAGCCCAAACUGCCGCCCCAGCACAGCACUGCAACUGCAUCAACGCGCUACCAUGAGCAGUUUGGCCUUCCGUCCUUCGACGAUCAUGUCUUCGUCGUCUUCGGCUACGGCUCCAUCUUGUGGAAGCAGAACUUCGAGUUCGACGCGGAGUACGAGGCGUACAUCAAGGGUUACAAGCGCGUUUUCUACCAGGGCUCACGCGAUCACCGCGGGGUGCCGGGCAAGCCGGGCCGUGUGGUGACGCUGCUGCCCUCGGAGGACAAGGAGCAGCGCGUGUACGGCAAGGCGUACCAACUGCCGGCGGACCCUGAGAAGCUGAGCACGAUCUUCCAGGCGCUGGAUGUGCGCGAGAGCGGAUAUGAGCGCGUGCAGCUGACCCUGUUCAACGCGCACCCGACGACCGGCAACCUGACUACGACGCCGAUACUGCCUGCACCGACGCCCAAGUCCUUCAAGACUGAGAGCUCCACCCAACACGUGAUGCCUCCGCGCGAGAAUUCUCCCGAUGUCGAAGCCGGUGACGCGGAGAAGGUGCUAGACAUCUUCAGCCACCCGAACGCACCAGCGGUGCAGCCGCGCAAAAACGUCGUGUACCUGUGCUACAUUGCGACGGAGCAGAACGAGGAGUACGUCGGUGAGACCUCGAUGGAGGCGAUCGCGACGGAGAUUCUGGGCUGCGCCGGCGUCAGCGGCUCGAACCGCGAGUACCUCUUCUGCCUUGCCGACUGCCUUCGUGCGAUGGGGGCGACCGACCCGCACGUUUUCGAGCUCGACGCCGUCGCGAAGCGCAUCCUGCGUGGUCGGGAGACGGAAUUUGCCGCUGGCGCGAAACGGGUCGCCACCAUUGUGUAA